AAUCACAUUAUUGAAUUUUCUGGUGCGUGCAGCAGGAGGGAGGAGUAAGAAAAUUGAAGGAUAAGAUCAGUUUGCCACACUUCCCAAUUCUCUGCAACAGAUCGUAACCUCACGUCAUCUUCUUUGUUAUUAUUAUUAUUAUUCAUAUAAAUCCUUUGCCAUCUUCCCCCAUUUCUCUCUGUCUCCCUGAUCGUAAGGAUUAACACGUAGCAGAGGCGAGGAUCUCACAAGAGCUCAGCAUCGAAGAAGAUGCAGCCAGCUCAAGACGCUAAUCAACGCAUUGCGAGAAUCUCUGCUCACAUUAACCCGCCUAAUCUCGAGAUGGAGGAGAGUUCGGGUUUGAGCCGGGUGAAUUGUCGAGCAAAAGGCGGGUCAACGGGAUUCAAGGUGGCUAUUCUUGGAGCAGCUGGAGGGAUAGGGCAGCCUCUGGCAUUGUUGAUGAAGAUGAAUCCAUUGGUUUCAGUCCUUCAUCUCUAUGAUGUCGUCAAUACUCCUGGGGUUACUGCUGAUAUUAGUCACAUGGACACUGGUGCUGUUGUGCGUGGAUUUUUAGGACAACAACAACUGGAGGCAGCUCUCACUGGCAUGGACCUUGUAAUCAUUCCUGCUGGUGUUCCCAGGAAACCAGGGAUGACAAGAGAUGAUCUGUUCAACAUCAAUGCCGGGAUUGUCAAGACCCUUUGUGAAGGAAUAGCUAAGUGCUGCCCAAAAGCAAUUGUCAACUUGAUUAGUAAUCCUGUGAACUCCACAGUACCAAUCGCAGCUGAAGUUUUCAAGAAAGCAGGGACCUUUGAUCCGAAGCGACUCUUAGGAGUCACAAUGCUUGAUGUUGUCAGAGCAAAUACUUUUGUGGCAGAAGUUUUGGGUCUUGAUCCCACGGUAGUUGAUGUUCCAGUUGUGGGAGGACAUGCCGGGGUUACUAUCUUACCUCUUCUAUCCCAGGUUAAACCUCCAAGUUCUUUCACUCCAAAGGAAAUCGAUUACCUAACUGACCGCAUUCAAAACGGUGGGACUGAAGUUGUUGAGGCUAAAGCUGGGGCUGGAUCUGCAACGUUAUCAAUGGCCUAUGCUGCUGUUAAAUUUGCAGAUGCAUGCCUUCGCGGCUUGAGAGGAUAUUCUGGCAUCGUUGAAUGUGCCUUUGUGGCAUCCCACGUGACUGAACUUCCAUACUUCGCAUCCAAGGUGAGACUUGGUCGUUCUGGAGUUGAGGAAGUAUUGCCUCUAGGACCCCUGAAUGAGUACGAGAGGGUUGGCUUGGAGAAGGCAAAGAAAGAGCUUGCUGCGAGCAUCGACAAGGGGAUUUCGUUUGUCGGAAAAUGAGUAGGUUUCCACAAUAAUUUCUUAUACAUUACCCUGUUAAAGAAACCAGUUCUUUGAAAUAAAGUUAUUGGGUUAAUCACCCUUCUCUCUAGUCA